GAUCCUUGAAGGAUCCUUUUGAAUCCAUUCUUUUUGGCUCCAGUCCUCCUGGCAGCUCAAUUUGGUGGCGUUUUCAAACCAAUUUCGAGCCAUGCUUCGCCUCGCAUUACUCUGCAUCGUAGCGGCGGCUGUAGCGGCUGUAGCGGCUGAUCAGAACACCGCAGCCGCCUCGGAUGUGGAUGCAUGCAAGGGUGAGCCAGGAGAGCUCGGUGAGAGUGCUUUGGUACAGCUUGGGACUGCAGCCCAGAAGGGGAUCGGAGGGGCAGCCACCGAAGCCAUCGAGGCCAGCAACUCGACGUCCAACGAGAAGUCCAGCGAUGAAUCCACCAGCAGCCGCAGGCGUCGCAGCCGAAGGCGUCGCAGCCGUCGCAGGGCUGGCACCUACACUGGGACGAUUCCCUACAAAGUUCAGGUCUACUGUGGUUUGAGUUGGCUCACACUUUGUUCAGAUGUUCCCAAGAAUUGGGAGCAGCACACUGGAGCCUUUGACCCGUCAAUGUCCACCGAGCCGCAAACAGCCUCGAAUCGAAGAAGGUCCACAAUGAACUACAUCACGCUGGGCGGUGAUGGAGUGACAGGGGACCUUCCCACAUCCAAGACGAUUACAACCUGGAUGUCAUCAUUGAAAGCCGACAACUUGGAUUUUGACUUGGAAGGAAGUAUCAAAAAUGGUUUCUCAAGCUCUUAUACUUUGCUUUCGGCGGUCCAGGGCUCAAGCUCAAGCACCAAGGGUCAAGCGACCUGCUUGGUGAGUCAAUACGAGAAUGCAGUACCCUACAAGGAUGACUUCGACUACUUUGGCAUCAUGAUUCAUGGGAGUUCGAUGACCUCUGGUUCAUAUACCAUUCCAUCACCCGACCCAACAACUGGCACCACAUGGACAGAUAUCCAGAAGUGGCUGGAUUCUGAAGUCCCAAACGAGAAGAUCGUUCUCUCCCUGACCACCGUUGGCCUUGAGGCCUAUAUGGUGGAUUGGUUCAAAUCGCUCAUUGCGGAGUACGGCCUCGCAGGGAUGUCAUUCUGGUACUGGCAGGGAGACGAUAACCAGUUGGACUCCUCCAUCUCCAUUGACUGCAUCCAGGAUCAGGGCACUCAGUGCGACUCCAGCAGUUCCUUCAAAUGCAGUCAGGUCUGCAACGGUGGCGAUGCCGACGGAUAUUGCUGCGACUCCGACUCGAUCACAUACAUCAAGGGCACGGCAUACAAAUGCUCCGAUGGCCUAGAAGCCUGCUGUGGAGGGGCUGACUCGACCACCUAUUGCCAGAAGGUUUAGUGAGUUUCAUGACAAAAAUGUGGAUCUGUGUGGUAUCCGGAAUCCAUUGGAAUCCAUUGGAAUCCAUCCAUUAAUGCAGUUAGUGGUAUCUUUAUGGUAUCCUCCCAACUUUCCACACCAAGUUGUUGAUGAAUGC